AUGGAGACUUACCUCCGCGAAUAUUACAAGUGGCGGGUCUGGCAAGAGAGCAUUGAGAAGAUACCUAAUGCUGAACUACUUGAAUAUGCUCUUGAGAAGAGACAGACUGUCGCAGAGCUGCUACGUGAACAUCGUCCUUUUCUCUGCACUGACAAUGUUUCAGACCAAGACAAACAAAAAGGCGUCGAGUUUCUGCAGGGACUCAAGAUCGCUGGUGUAGUUGAAGAGUUUUUGGAGUAUACAGAGAAUGGCUUGCUUGACUUUCUUCGACUGGAUAUAGAGUGGGAGAUCCUCCAGGAUGCUAUCGACAAACAGCAGAUGCUGGGUUCGUUGGAACUUGGGUGGCUUGACCCUGAGAAAGUCGAGCUACUCAUGGCUCAAUUUUCCACUCCUGAACCUACGGGCCCAUUCCGGUAUCCUGAGUUGGGAGAUCCAUUCUUGGGUACUGUUAAGAGAAGACUUGCACCUCCACCAGCUGAUGCCCCAGACGAAUACGUGACGAUGAAAGAUGACGGCUACGAUUCAGAUGCGACACACGAUGCAACUGAAGAUAAGAAUGAGAACGACCAGCCACGCGAUAAAGGAAAACAGCCUGCAGGCCAUGAACAACAAGAUGAACAAGCUACCAAAGAUGCUCAACUCCGCCCCCUGACGUCCCUCAUCCCAGGACCACUCGGUGAAGUGCCUCUUCCAUAUCAGCGAAACAUCUUACAAAUGGUCUCUCAGAGAUAUUACCACGAAGCUUACACCCAUUUGCAAGGAAGAACAGUGUCUACUCUUGUAGAGGAAGAAAGAACACCGCACCCGCCAGCCUCAGCGUAUUGUCCUACAGGGUUUCACUACCUAGCAAAGCAAAAGCAAGUCCGUGGGCUUAUUGGGCCUGAAGGUGGAAGGAGAUCUAUGCAUCGAGGUGAUGUUGAGCAUGGAGAGGGGUCUGCGAGACAGGAGGCGGGAGGGAGUGCUUCAUUAACAGCUGGAAGGGUCCCUGUUUUGACAUCUCAUUUUGAGGAUGCGUUUCUGAAUGACCCAAGAUACGACUACAUCAUGAAUCAGCGCCAGAAGCCGGUGUAUUUGGAAGAGGUCCCAGAGCAUGACAUGGAACAAGAAGAACAGCAUCCAGCCUUUACUCCCGCCCCUGACGAAGAACCUUUAUCAUUCAUCCAAGCAAGUGGUUCAACACUCCAACCCAGUCAAUACUCUGCACCCACCAUCCUAGGCCGAACAGCCCCUAUCGACGACUCCACGCCAUCUCAGCAACUUCGGAAGAUGCUCGACGCCAACUGGUCCGGCUUUCUCAAAAAGAAGGGAAGCAAAUCAACAGCAAACUCAGUUACACGACAGAACAGGGCAUCCCAAGACAUCGAGAGCGAGAUAGAAGCUGAUCCCAUGACCAUGCCGAUUGAUGUCCCCGAGCCAGAGAAUGAUGGCGAUUAUAACCCGAAGAAGAGAACGCCCAAGAAGGCUGGACGAGGAAGACCGAGAAAGGCUAGUCUCAAGAAGAGGGAGAGUGAGGGGAGGAUCUAG